ACAGAAAGCGAUUCUUAGCAAAGCAAAUAACAUAUAAAGUAAAAAUCAAAACAACUUUAAGUAUGUCUAACGACGGGACACCAGAUGACCAGAUUGGAGAAGCUCUUUUAAUCCGGGUGGUUCAGGAUCAGAUGAUGAACAUCACUACAGGAGGAAAUGUCCGUCUCCCACUUCUCCCUGAGGUUCAACCUUUACACAACCUGCAGCACCAGAAGCUGUUGGAUCAGCUGGCCUUGUCGGUUAGAGUGAUCGGUGACCAGCUUAACAACGAGCAAAACUUUAAUCACCAGAUCGAUGGUUUAGCACGUCUAGGUGAUAAGAAGAUUUUUUCCAAACUGGUGGAAGGCGUCUUCGAUGACGGACAGAUCAACUGGGGAAGAAUCAUCGUGCUGUUCUUCGCAGUCGGAAAGCUGGCCGUGAAGAUGGUUCUGGCAAACCUGCCCGAAGUCUUCUCGGAAAUCCUGGAUUCCUGUUUGGAUUUCUUCAGGACGAAGCUGUUGGCAUGGAUUCGCAACAUGGGCGGAUGGAUCAGCAGCAUUUCAGCGCUGACGCAAUUCUCCAUCGAGCGUAUCACCGCUUCAUACAUCCGCUUUGAACACCUCAUCGCCUUUGUCUGUGGGAUCAUGUUGGGUAGCGCCAUCGUCUGGAAGCUCAGCAGAAGCAGCUGAAAAGAGGCUGGAAGAGAACAAACAAGAUGUGACAAGAUGCUCUUUUUUUUUAUUUUAUUAAAAAAGUCAUGCUUCCAGAUUUUUCUACAGUUUAGUACUUAAUAUUAAAACUAAAUAUUAAUUGCAUUUUAAAAAGGUUUAAAAAUGUUUGCAAUCUACAGCAAAGCUUGUAUUGUGUACGUCUACGAAGCAGUUGGGAGUUUUUGGCGCCCUCUGCUGACUACAAGACAAAUUACAAUGAAGCUGCACUUAUGUUCCUUUCUAGAGGAUUAUAGACAGUUCUGUGCUCAAUUUUCACAGUUUUGUAUCAGGUAUAAGAGCUUACACACUUUAACAGGUGCGAGUUGCUGCUUCGUUCACUCGUUCAACUGCAUCGCUGGCGGUUUUGUGUCAUUUAUCAGAAUCUGGCUUGGGCUCGGGCUGCACUUUUUUCUUUCUGAAGAAUUACUGCAUUGUCAGCAAAAAAUAAUUGUCUCCUAAUGUCACUGUUUCUGUCUUGUGUCCACUGUGUCCCCACAUGACGUCCCAGGUCCUUAACAUGUUCCCAUUCCUGUUCGUUGAGUACUGAAUGUCUUGUACCUUUUAGUGUUGGUUACCAGCCUGGGUGUGUUACAGUGCCAGUUUUAGACCAGUUCAUUAGAAGGGAUGCGACGGAUCGUUAGCGUAGGAAAAGCUUUAGUCAUGUUUCAUUCUACUCUGCUGUGUAUUUAUUUUCUUCUGUGUAGUAAACAUCUAAAAACUCAACACCUCUACCUCAGGAAGAAGCACAGUGAUGUCACUUGAAGAUCCAUUAAAGUCACUCAGAGUAUUUUUUUUUUUUUACAAUAAAAAAAGGGUUUCUAUUAGUGUUUUUGAAAAGUAAUACAAAUAUGCAGAGUUGAUUCAGUUUUCUUGGGUGUGUGUGUGUGUGUGUGUGUGUGUGUGUGUGUGCGUGUGUGUGUACUGCUGUGUAUUUUCACAGAGCAGCUUCACAGCUACAGAUAGAGAUUCAAUUCAAUCCCUUAUGAUCUUUUAAAAAAGUCUCUUGAGUACAAAGUGCCUUGUUAUGUAUUUCCACCUGUACGUUUACUAUCAGGAACCGUAACCUCCUUUUAUUACCAGAAAUGUUUUGUUUCUUGUGAACAUCAGGUUUCUUGCAGAUGGACACGGACAUCUCACUUCACUUGAGAAAUACUCAACAACUCAAAAAAAAAAUUUAUUUUUUAUUCAUUAUUUAAUUAUAAUACAGUCAUUAUUUUGCAAUAUAUAUACAUCUGCAUGGAGUUUUGAAUAUGUUCAAAAUAAAGGUUUAUUAAUUAGAA